CUCGACCUUCUGGGUCGCCCUGUGCAGAAACUGGUUCAGUUGAUCAAGGAGCUGGAACAACUUGGAGUUGAGACCACGAACUUGCCCCUGCCCAAGAUCGUUGUCGUCGGCGAUCAGUCUGCUGGAAAGAGCUCUCUGAUCGAGGGUAUCAGUGGUAUCAAAGUCCCUCGCAGCGACGGCACAUGCACCAGAUGCCCUCUCCAGAUCACUCUGUAUUCCUCUUCAGAACCAGAUGCCGCCGCCUGGUCUUGUGAGGUCUCACUGCAACAGAAGUUUUCGUACGACCCAGACGCCAUCGUCGACGGCCGCGAGCGCUAUGGUAAAUGGCGUGAGAACCACACCCCAGCAACCAUCGACUUCGCCAUUGUCAAUGACAAGAACGACCUUGAGAACAUCCUUAGCCGUGCGCAGCGCGCUACCCUCAACCCAGGCGACAACCCUUUGAGUUAUCUUAACAACGCAAUCUCUGUGGAUGAAAUGCCCAUGUUGGUCGAAUUCUCGCCGAACAAGAUUAUUCUCGACAUCACUGCACCGGGACAGCCUAGUCUGUCGUUCAUCGAUCUGCCAGGAGUUGUCCGUCAGAUGACAACUGCUAAGGACAAAUGGCUCGUCAAUCUUGUCGAGAAUUUUGUCAUUGACCACAUCAACCAAGGAAACUCGCUGAUCCUGCUUGCUCGUUCUAUGGAGUCAGACUUCGCCAAUUCAAGUGGAGCCAAACUGAUCGACGAGUGUGAAGGUGCUUUGGCGCGUACCGUUGGCUGUCUUACCAAGCCUGACCGCUGGCCGCCCGGCAGCAGAGCCCAACACAUCAAGAAUGUUCUACAUGGCGACGCAUUUGCAGUCGGACACGGCUACUUCGUCACCAAGCAACCCAACCAGUUGGAGCUCAACAACAACAUCUCCGCCGAAGAUGCUCGCGAGUCCGAAAAUCAAUUCUUUACUCAAGCUCCAUGGAACACUGAGCUGCAAGACUUCCAGGAGCGCUUUGGAACUUUCAAGCUCCGCGAUUUCCUCUCCAUCAAAUUGACCAAUCAAAUCCUGGUCACUUUGCCUAAGAUCACUAGAACUGUUGAUGCCCACCUCCAAGAGGUUGAAACAGAGCUUGCUGGUUACCCUGACCCACCCGAGAAUGCUCUUGGUAAGGUGCUCGAGGCGCUGACAACCUUCCGCGUUGCGGUCGAGAAGCACGCACAGGGAGCUUAUCCUCACAACGAAAUGCACAACUCCCUCAAGGGACUGGCUACCACCUUUCAAUCAAACUUGCAAAAGCUGCGUCCGAGUCUUGUUGUUGCAACUCCUGAAGAGUUUCGUCAAGCAGUCGAGACACCUACUUUCUCUCUGCUUUCUGACGACGAUGCUAUCGGCACUCCUUGCCCUAGCAUUGAGUCCAAAUCUCAAAAGAAGAGAAGAGCCGACUUUGACACUCCAACCACUUCGACUGCAAAGAAGAUUAAGUCUGACGCUACUGCCCCCAGAAACAACUCAAUCUCCAUGACGACAAAGAGAAAGACAUUCCGCUUGCUUGAAGUGCGCGAUACUCUGAGCAGACUGACAGCUUCGAGUGUUCCUGGCGAGGUUGAUCCUGUUGCUGUCGACCACCUUCGCAAGCAGACUCUUGUCGGUUGGGAGCAACCUAUGCUCGAGUUCAUCAACAGUGUCCAUCAAGAGAUUCAAAACACUCUGGACCGCUUGCUCGAAGAGGCUUGUGCUCAAUGGCUCAACACCGCCUUCUUCACCGAGGCCAGAAAAAUCGUCAAAGCCUUCGUAGCCGACACCAUGCGCGACCAGCUGCAACAGGCAAAGCGCGCUUUGGACCGAGAACAGCGCAAGCCUCUGACCUUAAACACAGAGGGUUUCAAAUACCACCACGACAAGGAACUCCAAAUUCUUCUGGAGGGACGUGCUACACAGAGACUUGUCGAGAAGACCGAAGAUGCAGACCGCGCUGCUGGCAAGAUCAUGGUCGAUCAGAGCGAACGCAAGAAGAGGGCCAAAGCCGACAACAAGGCCAAGGGCGAGCUCAGCGACGACCCUUUCGCCGAGGAGAUCAAGGUUAUGGCCAAGGUUAGAGGCUACCACAAUGUCGCUCUGUCUCGCUUCCUUGAUGUUGUUGUGCAGGGUGUUCAAGCAGAGGUGCUGCACGAGCUCGAGACCAACCUGCUGCAACAGUUGAAGGUUGGUCUGGAGGUUGAGACUCGCGACGCACAGGAUCGCUGCAAGGAGUUACUUGCUGAGGACCGCGAGCGUGAGAUCCGUCGCAAGGAGUUGCAGCAGGAGAGAAGCAACUUCAUCGAGGCCCAG